GCUGCUCGUCUGCUCUCGGCUUUCAUUCGACUGUCCAGUCUUGUUGUCGUCUGAGUCCGUUCCUAAUUUUUUGUGUUUAUAGAUUCUGCAUAUUAUCUCAAAGGAAUGUGAUAUUUUCUUAAUAGAGAUAAAACAGCAGCAACCAUCGCCUGUCAAAUAGAGCUAGAAUAGUUGUAUCCUGUUAUAAGAGAAUAACUACAAUUACUAUACUGAAGUUUUCUGAAGUUACAGCUCGCUAGCUAACGUUAUCGUUCGGGCUGGGUGUGGACUGCCAAUGGCGUGUGUAGAGACAUCAGAUGACAGAGUAGGAGAGGUCCUGCUGAAAAGAGUGAUGCAGGAGCAGCUGGAUGAGGUGUUGUCAUCAGAAGUMCCGGUAGUGGUCUCCACAGAAACCCAGGAAUUGGAGAGUGAGCAGGAGCAGAAGAUGGUGUUACAGCUGGCUGUGAUGAUACGUACCAUCGGAGACGCCUUCAAGGAGAACAGGGAGCUGGACGAUGUGAUAGAUGGAAUGGUGGGGCAAAUGACCAGCAAGCCCAGCUACUGGAAGUUGGUAGAAAAGGUAUUUGAGGACGGUCAAAUCACCUGGGAGAGAAUUGCUGUGCUGUUCUACGUAGCAGGGAGGAUAGCUGUCAAGGUGGUGAUUGCUAACCUCCCYGAGUUAGUGAAGGACAUUCUGAAGUGGACUCUGGAGUACUUCAGAAGCAAAUUACUGGACUGGAUCCAGAAACAUGGAGGAUGGAUGAACAGUUUCGCUGAGCUGGCACGUGUACAGGUGGAGAGGAUAUCCUCUAUGAGCGCCCGGUCCUCAGGACUCAUCCUGGUCUUCCUCGGAGGUGUCAUAAUGGGUAGUGUUAUCACCUGGAAACUGGUCAGGAGGACCUGACACACACACACAUACACAGUCCCACUCCGGUUCAAACGCAAUUGUUUGACAUGACAUGCAAACGUGUGGGCGUGCACACACACACACACACA